UUUUAAAAAUGGCCGUAUCCUCAGAAAGUGUAAUGAAUCCUGGCCUCAAUGACCCUGUAACCAAAGCGGUGGUAGAUAAUAUAAUGGGAAACUUGCCUACGAAGAAACCCCUUGUUCGCUGUGAUGAUUGUGAUCUCUCGUUUACCAGCCAAACAGUAUUAGAUACACAUUUACAAGGAGCACGACAUGCCAAACAGAUUAGAUCCAAAAAUAUAAUGGCAUCUCUUGAAGAAACCAAAGUAGCAUUUACAAAAGAUGAAGAAACAAAUGGAUUGAAAUGCAAUGUGUGUAAUGUGUGUCUAAACUCAAUACAACAACUUCAAACACAUUUAAAUGGUGGGUGGGCUGACAAAGAUGUUGGCAGUUCAGUGGCAUCGACAACUAUAAAUAUCCAGGAAAACUCUGUAUCUAAAGGUGUAUCACUUUCAUGCAGCAUGUGCAACAAAAUCUUCAAUUCUUUGACGCAGUACAAUGUGCAUAUAACAUCGAAAAAACAUACCAGUAAAUUAAAACAAGCUGGAACUCAGAAAAAGAAAAGAUUUUUCCCAUAUUGGAAAAAGCCUAAAACUGGCGUAAAUCCUAGGAAUCUUGUUCAAUCGCUAUCAAAUAAUUUUGUACCAGGAGGUUUCACAAAUCAGACG